GGAAUCGACGUCGAGGAAUCGAUUCCCACCCCCUACCCCCAUGGACGCUGCUUCAUGGCCGCCGUCUUUGACAUCGACCUCACCGAGGAUGGUGAGGAGCGGGGUGAGGAGCGUGGUGAGGAGCGGGGUGAGGAGGGCGACAGCGACGAUGACGAGGGACACAGCAGCGACUAUGAGAGGUUGGGGCACGCGUUUGUGGACAUGAUGGACGUGGGUGAGUGUGAGAAAUUUGAGCUGAGCGAGGGGUCCGUGAACCGGGGCCCUGAGAAGAUUGGCCCGGAAUGCUUCCAGCUGCUGCGCGUGCUGGGCAAGGGCGGAUACGGAAAGGUUUUCCAAGUCCGUAAGGUGACCGGCACAGACAAUGAUAGCAUUUUCGCUAUGAAGGUUCUGAAGAAGGCUGCCAUCGUGUGUAACGCCAAGGACACCGCUCACACCAAGGCCGAGAGGAGCAUCUUGGAAGCCAUCCGGCACCCGUUCAUCGUGGAGUUGGCCUACGCCUUCCAGACGGGAGGAAAGCUGUACCUCAUCCUGGAGUACCUGAGUGGCGGGGAGCUCUCAUGCAACUGGAGCGUGAGGGCAAUCUUCAUGGAAGACACGGCGUGCUUCUACCUGGCUGAGAUCACGCUGGCUCUGGGUCACCUCCACUCACACGGAAUCAUCUACAGAGACCUCAAGCCUGAGAACAUCAUGCUGAACCACCAGGGCCACAUCAAGCUGACGGACUUUGGCCUCUGCAAGGAAUCCAUACAUGAGGGAGCCAUGACACACACGUUCUGCGGCACCAUCGAGUACAUGGCACCGGAGAUAUUGAGGAGGAGUGGUCACAAUCACUCUGUGGCACCGGAGAUAUUGAGGAGGAGUGGUCACAAUCGAUCUGUCGACUGGUGGAGCCUUGGGGCUCUGAUGUACGACAUGCUGACAGGCGCG